AUGGCAGGGCUUCAAUAUUAUUUCUUCCCUACUGAUUUCUACUAUCCAAGGCCACCAAAAAUCAACGGAAACAACAACAAAAAUAUUUCUACUGAUGAUGUUGCUGCGGCGGCGCCAGCUUCUGUGUGUGGCGGCGUUCUUGAAACGCCAGCGGCCACCGGCGCCACCUUGGACCGCCGUGACAUGUUGUUCCAAGACAAGAUUCUUAAAGUUUCAACUCCAUUGUCAAUGAAGUUUGUUAGAUACCAUCCCGUGUUGAUAGCACUAUACACAAUUGGUACGUUGGCAAAGAUAGUAAUCGAAAACAUGCGAUCACUCAUUGGAAGAAUAGCUCCACCAGAAUUUCUGGCGAAAUUGACAUAUCUUAUAUGGAAUCAUCACAAAGAAAUCAAGCACAUUGAUACUGUGAGAGCAUACACAUUUGGUGCAAAUUACUUUGUGGAAGUUGAUAUAGUUUUGCCAGAGGACAUGCUUCUAAGCCAAGCACAUAAUAUUGGUGAAACAUUGCAAGAAAAUUUAGAGCAGCUUCCUGAUGUUGAGAGAGCUUUUGUGCAUGUUGAUUUCGAGUUCACUCAUUGA